AUGAGUCCAAAUUGUGUCACCGAGGAGGAGAGAGACAGACAUUGGCAAAUCUUUUCUGCGUCACUGAACUAUCCGUCUGCUCCAGCCCCAGGAAACGUUACUCAGCCUGAAGCCCCUAAGGAGAUUUGCCCCUCUGUGACAAAUCCCCUGACUGGAGAUUUGGCUGCAUCACAGAUCCCAGCGCCGAUCUACUGCUUCCCCAUCGCCAUGGAGGCUUCUCUUGCUGCCUGCAUCCUCGCUGCUCUCCUGGCUACGGGGGCCUGUCUGCGGUGUGAGGUUUGCAGAGGCGAAGGAAUCAGAUGCAGGGGUGACCUACAGACCUGCGCUGCUGGGCAGGACUUUUGUGGCAUCGCCUGGAUAGAAUCCAAACUGGCUGGAGAGAAGACCCAGAGCAUUCUCAUGGGCUGUGCGACAUCCAGCCAGUGUAAGGCCAGCCCCUUCCCUAUGAACUUUGGGAUGGGAAAGACCAGAAGGACGAGCUUCACCUGCUGCCAGGGGGACGCCUGCCUACCGUCCCCCAUUUCAGUGCCCCCGGCUAACACCGAACCCAACGGCCGGCGCUGCCGCGGCUGCUACUCUCUGUCCUCUGAGCAGUGCCGCGAAGAGACCAUAAAUUGCACUGGAGCCGAGACCCGGUGUGUCGAGAUCGCCGGGACCCUAAAAUCAGGUGGAACUGCCAGUAAGACCGUCAUGAAGGGCUGCGCUACCGAGUCCGUCUGCGCCCAGAUAGAAGCAGGGUCUGUGAGCUUCGCAGGGUUCAGUGGAGACCUAACUACGGCCAAAUGCACAGCGGCCUCCAGCGCAGCUGGCUCAGUUCUGAGACCAGCCGGGCUCCUCCUUCCUGCCCUCGCUGGGCUCCUCCUGCUGACACCAAUCUCCUGAUUCCCCACCCGGUGCAAUGGCCACACCGCACUCGGCAACACCCCGGCAGCCUGUGUCUGCCCCAAUCUGUACUCACUCUCCCCUCCCAGGGGCUCUGGGCUCCUGCCCGGAUUCACUUCCCCUUUAUAUUGUUCCGCUUAAUUAA